AUGAUUGACAAGAGUUGGAUUGAUAAAUCAAUUACAACAGCGGAGUACAAAUGCGGUGUAGCUGACUUCUUAGAUUUUGCCUUUCAAAGGGUUGCCGUAAAUGGAAAAAUUAUCUGUCCGUGCAUUAGAUGUGGUUUUAAGAACAUGAGGACUAGAGUUGAGGUGUUAGCACAUUUACUCCAAAAAGGUUUUUCAAAAAAAUACACUUUUUGGUAUAUGCAUGGAGAAAGUGUAGUUCAACAUGAAGAAGCAUCAUCAAGCCAUGACUUUAGCGAAUCAGAGGAAAGAGCUCCACUACAGGAUAUGCUUAACGAUAUCUUCGGUUCAGCUGCCAACAACUUUGAUGGGGUUGAUGAUGAGCCCGUUGAAGAGAGGAACAACUCUUUUCCAAUUCAUAUCGAAGAUGAUACUCAAGAGGAAUCUGAUAGGAUUCGAGAGUUGCUAAAGGAUGGAAAUCGCAGAUUAUACCCCGAGUGUACAAAGUAUAGCAAGUUAUCAUUUAUAGUUGAGCUGUAUCAUAUCAAAGUGCUAUGCGGUGCGACUGACAAGACAUUCUCGAUGAUACUUGAUCUUCUAAAGAGAGCGUUUCCUCAUGCAAAUCUGCCUGUUUCAUUUUAUGAAGCAAAAAAAAUGAUUAAGCAGCUAGGCUUGGGAUAUGAAAAAAUUCAUGUAUGUCCAAACAACUGUAUGCUCUUUUGGGGUCCAGAUAAUGAGACCAAGAGUAAAUGCACAAUAUGCAAUGCAUCUCGAUAUAAAGCAGAGGAUAACACCAGCAGCAAUCCAGGAGUUUUGGACACAGCUGAACAUAUGGCGAGGCUAAUUCCGGAAAAGGUAUUGAGAUACUUUCCUCUCACUCCUAGGCUAAGAAGGUUAUACAUGUCCUCUAAAACAUCAAGACUAAUGCGUUGGCAUUCAGAGUUUCCUAACUCAGAUGGAAAGUUAAAGCAUCCAAGAGACAGCAAAGCAUGGAAGGAGUUUGAUUUGUUAUAUCCGGAGUUUGCUGAAGAUCCACGUAACAUACGACUUGCUUUGGCUUUCGAUGGUUUCAAUCCAUUUGGGACUCUCAGCUCCAACAUUAGUGUAUGGCCGGUGAUGUUGUAUGUAUACAACUAUCCUCCAUGGUGUUGUAUGAAGCAAGCCUCUCUUAUUAUGUCUAUGAUAAUUCCUGGUCCAAAGAUGCCUGGUAAUAAUAUUGAUGUUUUUCUGCAACCCCUUAUUAAUGAGUUAAAAGAACUAUGGAAGGGUGUUGACGUGUAUGACUCUGUUGAUGGAAAGUUUUUUCGCAUGCAUGCUGCAUUAUUUUGGACCAUAAGUGAUUUUCCAGGUCUUGAUAACCUGUCUGGGUGGAAUACACAUACUAGUCUUGCAUGUCCGUCAUGUAACUUUGAUACAGUAUCCAGGAGGUUAAAGCAUGGCAUGAAAUAUUGCUUCAUGGGACAUCGUCGGUGGUUACCCGAUAACCACGAGUAUAGACAAAACAUGCACUCAUUUGAUGGCACUACCGAACUAAGAGGCCCUCCGUCAACAUUAUCAGGCAGUGCUAUUUUGUCUCAAAUUCAGAGCAGUCGCAAAAGAUCACAUGAGGCUCUCAAUGCUGGCAACAACCCUUUGCAGUGGAAAAAGAGGAGUAUUUUCUGGGAUUUACCAUACUGGAAGGAUAAUCUCAUUCGUCACUGUCUUGACAUGAUGCACAUAGAGAAAAAUGUUUGUGACAAUGUUUUGUUUACUGUACUUGAUGACAAACAAAAGACUAAGGACAACUUGGCAGCCCGUAAGGACUUGCAAUUGAUGGGAAUCCGAGAACAGCUCCAUCCUUUCACUAAUUCUUCCAAGUACCCGCCUUCCUGUUUCAGAAUGACAAAUGCUGACAAGGAUAUUUUUCUUAGUGUUCUUAAAAGUGUUUCUUUUCCAGAUGGUUAUUCUUCUAAUAUUUCUAGAUGCAUUGAUUUGAAGAAAAGGAAGAUCUUUGGCCUAAAGAGCCAUGAUUCACAUAUUCUCAUGGAGCACAUCUUACCGAUCGCUUUUAGAAGAUCCCUUCCUAAAGAGGUGACGUCUGUGCUAAUAGAGUUGUGUAACUAUUUUAGAGAAGUGUCUGGCAAAUCUCUCGCCGUUGAUAACUUAGAAAAACUUUGA